UUGCAGAACUACAUGCACCAGAGUCAGAAAGUGACUUCCGGCAUUAAAGCUGCUGAAUGUGUGGUUCAGUGCAGGUUCCUGCUGCAGCAGCACAGCCUCAGACCGACUCCCGCUCCCUGUAGUUGCUUAAUUUUAUCCUCUCUGGGCUCUUCAUCAUGCUACAUCUUCGGUUUCUUCUUUUCGGGGCCCUGCUCUCGCUGACUGUUACCCCACUUGUUGCCAUGGAGACCUGCCCAGCAGGAGGGAUGCCUGGGAUCCCAGGUAUUCCUGGAAUGCCGGGCAGAGAUGGUCGUGAUGGAGAGAAAGGCCAGAAAGGAGAGUCAGGAGUGGUGCGGGCGGACGGCUUUGGGCCACACAGGGGGGAGAGAGGGGAGCCGGGGCCCAAGGGCUUCGACGGUAAACGUGGUGAGAGCGGGGAUCCGGGUGAACCUGGGGACCCCGGGGUGACCGGACCUCCAGGACCACCCGGAGAAUACGGAAGUGCUGGAGUUCAGCAGAAGGCGGCGUUCAGCGUGGCCAGAGGGACGUCCGAGUUCCCGGCCGUCGGCAGCGUCAUCCGCUUCACCAACGUCAUCACCAACAUCAACAACGACUACGACACGGAAACAGGGCGCUUCCGGUGCCGCGUCCCAGGAACGUAUUACUUCGUGUUCCACGCCUCCACAGUGAACAAACUGUGUGUGCUGCUGAAACUGGACGGCGCUGAGGUCACGUCCUUCUGCGACACCCGAAGCAGCAGGAGACAGCGUCCGCCUGUGUCUCCAGGUGACGUCGGGAGGACUGGCCGUGUACGUGUCCAGGGAGCAGGAGCUGUGGCUGGAGACCAAGGACUACGCAGGGAUGACGGGGAAGCGCGAGGGCUUCAGCAUCUUCUCCGGCUUCCUGCUGCGCGCGCACUGAGGACGGAACCGCUGCCGCUCACGGUCCCAGUUUUAACACAGAUCAGGUUUAAAGUGUAAUUUUGUCUAAUAAAUCUGAAAACAAUAAAAGAGUUUCAUUUCUCCGA